AUGCCCAGAAGGGGGGUUAGAUGCUGGGAGGAGCUCCUUCCUGACGCGCUUGGGCUGAUCUUCAGGAAGCUGCCUCUGCAGGAGACGCUGACGGUGGUGCCGCGGGUAUGCAGAUCAUGGAGGAAGGUCGUUGCUGGUCCCUACUGUUGGCAGGAGAUCGACAUAGAAGAAUGGUGCAUGCACUGCAAACAGGACCAAAUGCACAGGAUGCUUCAAUUGCUCCUCGGCCGGAGCUCCGGCUCGCUUCGGAAGCUCGCCGUCUAUGCCGUCCCGGAUGAUGCUAUCUUCUCUUUCAUUGCAGACCACGGUGCUUCCUUGGACAGCCUCCGAGUCCCAAAAAGCCGUCUGAGUGAUGCCAUUUUUGAUCAAGUUGCAGAGAAGUUCCAGAAAUUGACCUCCUUGGACAUCAGUUACUGCGAGAACAUGGGAGCUCGAGCACUAGAGGCCAUCGGCAGGCACUGCAAGUCUUUAGUGUCUCUUAAAAGGGCAAUGCACCCACUGGGGGUACUCGAUAGAAGCUGCCAGGACGAUGAAGCCAUGGCUAUUGCGAAAACCAUGCCUCAACUCAAACAUUUGGAAAUGGCAUAUGUUCUGCUGACGACUAGUGGAGUUCGAACAAUAGUUACAGCUUGCCGGGAACUUGAGUUCCUCGAUGUGAGAGGCUGUUGGGAUGUGAAAUUGGAGGGGGAGGAGUGGCUGGCCAAGAGACAACUGGAGAAGGGCUUGAAGGUUUUGGGUCCAGAGGUGGUUGAUCGCUAUGAUCUCCAUUAUCUGGAAAGCUGCAGUGAUGAUGAAGACGAUGAGUGGGGCUCGAUAGGGGAUGAAGAUUAUCAUCUGGAUUGGGACCUUUAUGAUGAUGCGGAUAUAAUGCUGGAGAAUUUCGAUGGAAGCUCGGAUGGUAUGUGGGAUGAGGAUCAAGACCUGGACGGUCUGGAAUUAAGGCUGUAUGUUGCCUCAGACGAUUCAGACCAUGGAAUUGGUUGGGGACCUGGUUCGCCAUGAACAGUCUAUUUUUCCCUCCCCCUCUUUCUUUUGUGUUCCGUUGUGGAAGCUACUCUUGGCUAUAAAUAUGAGUAUGUAGAAUAUCUGUCUGUUAUGAUGUUUGUAUACAUUUGCUGUAAUGGAAAAACUGUUUUAACCUUUUGCAAUUUUUUCUUUCA